AUGAAACUGGUUCGUCUCUCCAACUCUGAAUGCUGUACAACAAAUUUAAAGAAAAGCCGAUGGAUUGCAUGGAAACUAGUUUUAAAAAAUUACGUCAACAAGUCACUCCAUCAAGCAAGCAUUCUUGACUUUUUCAAAUUUUUUUGUAAAGCGCAAUUACAAAAGAAAAUUGAAGUUUUGUACUGCUCUUCUACAAAAAAAUUGCAUCCCUUACAAAUUUGUGAUAAAUUGGUCACCCUUACAGAUAUGCAAAAUAAAUACCGAAUAUUUUGUUGA